CACACCCAUCAGUCCAUCAACGAUGGCGUCUCGAACUCGACAUGUUCUCAUCACAGGGGGGAGCCGGGGGAUCGGUCUUGCUAUCGCGCAGGCAUUCGCGAGACGAUCCUACCGCUGCACACUAAUCUCGCGCUCUGAAGAAACCCUCAAAGCCGCAAUAUCAACAUUGGAAGCUUCAGCACCUCCACAUCACUACAUAUCCGGCUCCAUAACCUCGCCCGACUUCUGGAGCACCACUCAUUUCAAAGCCGCUGGCCUGACCAAGAGCGAAGUCACCUCAAAAGUCGACGUCCUCGUAAACUGCGCCGGGAUAACGCAAUCACGUCUCUUCACCACCACGCCCGCAGAAGACAUCCAAGAGAUCGUGGACACAAAUCUCACGGCUUUGAUGCUGGGCACAAGAUUUUUGUUGCGGAACAAGUAUCUGAAUUCAACAACAAAGUCACGUGCAGAUGCUGGGCUGGAUUCUACUCCCUCAAUCAUCAAUGUGUCGAGUCUGCUGGGGGUGAGUGGUGGCCAUGGUGCUGUCGCAUAUGCGGCGAGUAAGGCGGGGAUAUUGGGAUUUACGAGGGCGUUGGCUGCGGAGUAUGUGCAGCAUGGUGUUAGGGUGAACGUGAUUGUGCCGGGGUAUGUGGAGAGUGAUAUGACGAAAGAUUUGAACACAUCACAGCUCAAAGACCGAAUCCCUUUGAGGCGGUUCGGUCAGUCAAAGGAGAUAGCACACGCGGCGUUGUUCCUUGCAGAGAAUCAGUAUGCGCAUAACUGCGUAUUGAAUCUAGACGGAGGGCUAUCUGCAGUACAAAUUACGCAGUGAUGAGGCCCACAGCCGAAUCAGUGGGACGCUAGUGGCAUCCUGACUUCUAUACGUGAAAGUCAAAGCAGAAGAGGACUUCCAGUUGGAUGAGCACAUCGAUGCGUUGUAGGUUGUGAAGGGCUGGGAACUGUCGCCACGGAGGGACGGUCAAAUCGUAUAGGUAGUGUGAGCUGCGAGAGGUAGGCAAGGCAGAACAUCUUGCAUGAGCUCAGUCGAGCUCGAUCACACCGUCGUCUUUCUCGUCCUCGAUGACCAAAAUAUCAUCAG